CCCCCCCCCCCAGUCGCCCAGGACCCACGAAAGUUUCAUUUCGUUGCCAUCUUCCAAGGGAAUCGCCGCGGUUUUUAAAAAAUAAAAAAAAACCUUUUGCCUUCACGUCUCAACAAUACAAAAGACUUGCAUUACCACCGCAUCAGAAGUUACGUGUACAAUUUGAAGACUAGGUUUAUUGUAUCCUAGUAACAUACUUUUUAUGUUUCGGGAUGGCGACAGGUUUCACUCCGCCAAACCAUGUGUUUGAAAAUUUAGACAGAGAUAUUGUAGAAUUCAUGUUUAAGAAGAUGGCUAUGGAGAUAGGUAAUUUAAAGCUUUUUUGUAGUGUCGAUUUUCAAAUAAGUGAUGGGAUAAGUCCAUCACUUUGCAACGUCACUCUGAAACCUGCCAAUGAAGUAGCAAAAGAAGGAUUCAUGUCACUGUACGAUAAUGAACAGGUUGAGCUGCAGUCGACCCAUAUCUCUUGGAGUGAUGUUGAUCUCCACAAGGGACACCGUUUGCUGAGGCAAGCUGACGAUUUCAUUUCACAACAAUUUCCUGAUGUUUACCAAAUUAAAGGAAAUAAGGGUGUCCGCUUUGUCGGGAAAGGAAAGCAGCCAGCGUCGGCUCUGGAAGAAUUCCGGAAGAUUGUGCAUUCCCAAAAGUCAUCUGAUCAAGAAUUCCAGAAGAUUGUGCAUUCCCAACAGUCAUCUCGUCAGUCCUUAAAAAGAACACUGAGUGGAGGUGAUGAUGUUUACCAUAAGUUUUUUAAGUCUAAAGAAAACAGUAAAGAUGAAGGUGAGAGUAGCAAAAGCAAAGAAUCCAAUGAAGACCAGAAAUCCAGCAAAGAAAAUGACAGUGAAGAAGACAUGUGCCCCAUCUGCUUGGGUGAUUUUACAGAAAAAUAUGCACUGCCGAAUUGCAAACAUGCUUUUUGUCGUGAAUGCAUAGAUAUGGCUUCCAAGAUCCGGCCUGUUUGUCCUAUAUGCAGCAAGCCAUAUGGGACUAUUGUUGGUGACCAACCCAAAAAUGCACACAUGACGGUCAACACCACAUCAGGCCACCUUCCAGGCUACCCACUUUGUGGCACUAUUGAAAUUACUUAUUCCAUUCCGAGUGGAAUACAAGGUCCUGAGCACCCACAGCCAGGCAUGGCUUAUCAUGGCACCAUGCGCAUCGCAUACCUGCCAGACAACACGGAAGGGAACCACGUGCUGCGACUGCUGCAAAGAGCCUUCAAACAGAGGCUCAUCUUCACUGUGGGUGUAUCGCGCACCACCGGCAUAGACAACAUUGUCACUUGGAAUGACAUCCACCACAAGACCAGCAUCCGAGGCGGACCCAUAAACUUUGGCUAUCCAGACCCGGAUUACCUGAAACGUGUUCAAGAUGAGCUGAAGGAAAAGGGCAUUGUGUGACCGGCAUGCACGAGUGGUUAUCACCACCAUCCUAAGGAUGGAGUCAUGGAUUUCUGCCUGGUAAUUAGGGUUGCCGUGAUAUAACAACAUACGAUAUUUAACAUGCAUGAUGAUCGGAUCAUCCGUUUUUAUUUUAUUUUGUUUUAUGAUUUAUCGGGCCUCAUCAAAAUAAAAUGUUUUGGCAACAUUUCUUAAAUUUCAAAAGCAUAGUAAUUAAAGUAAAACAAUUGCCAGUUAAAUUAGUGCUUUGCAAAAUUUUUGUGGCGUUAUUGAUGACUUGAUGGCUAUAUUACGUCAUCAUCUUUACAGCUCAUUUAAAUCAUGUUUGUGUAACUCGCAGCAUGCAUGUUAUAUAAGCUCACAUAUGUAAACUUUCAGUGAUUAAAAUACUUAUGAAAGGCUUGUUUGAUUAACUAUAAUUUAAAAUUGUAUGCAAUAUUUGUACUGCAAAUGCAGCAAAGCACAAACAAUAGUAAAAUUGUGAAAUGGAUGUAGAGAGUUAUAUGAGACAUUGCCAUAAUUGUCAUUGGAUAAUUGUCAUGUUGAAUUGUGAAAAAAAAUAUUGCGGCAACCCUAGUGGAAAUACAUGUGGGUGUUUCAGAAGCCAUACACUGUUUUGAAUUAACAAUAUGUUCCUUAUAGUUGGCACAUCAAAAUAAAAAUUAUAAAAAGUGGAAUUAUUUCUAGAAGUCCCACAAACUUAAUAUAACCGAUACAUGUUACUGUUAGCCCGGAACACGUUUUGUAAGAACUUUUCAGAUGGCCUCCACAAGUUUACUGAUCAGAUGACAACACUGAAUGCCAUACAAAUCCAUAGCUUUUAUAUUAUUUAUUUUUCAUGAGACAAGUUACCAAAUAAAACGAGUAUUUUUGGAAAAUUCAUAAUCUUGCAUUAUACUGUAAAAUGUACUGCAACAUAUGAUUUUGCAGUGAUUAUUUGUGUUGCGAACUACGUAUUUAUUUUAGUUCUUUUUGUAUUCAGGGAUUAUAUUGCGGUCCUCGUGUCCACCAUGGUACAGGUUUCUAAAUUACCAAUCUCCAUUGAAAGACAAAUGAAGCCCUUGCACAUUCCAUGUACCUGGUCAUUGGUUACACUAAACCCUGCUCGAUGGUGGAGUGGUGAGAGGAAUAGAUUUUUAGAAGCGCUGCUCUGGAUCAUUCAGGAAAAAAAGUUACAUUCCAGUUACAGGAUAAAGGCUGGAAGGUUAAAAUACCAAAAAUAAUUGAAUGUGUCCCAUCCAUAAUGGAGAUAUUUCUUUUAUAUAUAUUAGUUACAAAUCGUUCAAUGUAUGUUUAACAAAUACUUGCUUCCCAUUUUAAAAGUGAUUGUUUUAUAAGUACACAUUAAUUUUGGAUAACAUUUUAAUAUAAUGCUUAGACUACUAUUCUCCGGAUUAUAAGAUGCACAUUUUCAUCCAUUUUUGAGCAAAAGUGUGCAGUUCAUCUUAUCAUCUGGUAGGUGUGUAUGACCAAAUUUGUGUAACUUUUUUCACACUGGCCAGUCAACUUUAAUGUCGCUAGCCAUGCCACCAUAGCAUGUGACCAGAUUUGUAUAACUUUAUUGGCAGUCUCUACAGUAAACAACUUUAUUGCCACCACACAGUCACUUCCACGUUAUGGAU